UCCAAGCACUGAUGAACUUUUUGUUGCAGCCUGAUCAGCGUAUCGGACCACCGGCCAAAAUGUCUGUGAAGAUCCUCUCCAUCACUUUCCUCCUGCUCUCAAUGUGUGUGUGCUGCCACUCCUCUGAAGCUCAUCGUCAUCCUUCAGUAAAGCGACCAUGCUGCACUGCCGUCACCAAACCCAAUUUGAGCACUGAGGUGGUGGGGGAAACGUAUCGUGAGCAGGCUGCAUCAAAUCGCUGUGUGAAGGCUAUAAUUUUCAACACAAAAAAAGGACCGCUUUGUGCUGAUCCAAACGCUCAGUGGGUCAAGGAUUUCAUUGCCAGAAUGACAAAGGUGAAGCAGUGAAGCACAAAGCCUGUGUUGAAGCAUUGCUACCUGUCUGCUACAUCAGUAUUUCCACCACCUUUAAAGGCAAUAAUUCGAGUUCUGGCUUUGUGUCUUUUUUCUUGAUCAUAUAUGAAUUGUGUUUACACAAAGCACAUUUUGGCUUUGGAAAAAAAAACAUAAAAAUAAACCU